AUGGCAGCCUUAUCAUUGUUUUUCUUAGUUGUUGGGGAAAAUGAGAGAAGGGAAAAUUUCUCAUUUACACUGGCUUCGGAAGUACUACUUACUUUAGAAUCAGUGGUUACCUCUGUGCGUAAACUUCUUGAUAAGUUGGUGGAGGGAAAUGGUAAAGGUAUUCACAUAGGAUUUGUUCGGGAACUCCUUCCUACCUUGCACAGCAGAGUGGGGACUUCUGCUCAGAAACUAUUAAGGCAUAAUUGGGAUAAUGACAAUCUUGAGAAAAGUGGGAAGAACAAAGGGGAAAUUGUUCAGAAAAUCCUGCAUAUGUACUUACGAAAUAGUGGAUCUACUUUUGAUUUACUGGAUGAGUUUGCCUGUUCUAUCUUACCUCAGGUUCCAUCACGCAAAUCAAUAGCAGAAGAUGAUUGCCAUGGUUUCCCAACUCUGUCUUCUGCAACAUUUGUUGUAUGGUACCGGGUACUGCAUGAAGAGAACCUCGCUAUUCUUAACAAGUUGGUUAAGGAAGUUGUGCUCUUAGAGAAAUCCAGAGCUGAAUUUCAACUUGAAACUGUAGAAAAACUUCUUAACAAACUGAAGCAAUCUGUGAAUGUGGUUGUAUCAUUAGUUAUCAUGUGCAGGACUCACGACAAGGUGGUUAACUAACCAAAAGUGCAUACUUCUUCGUUUUCCCAUUCGUUUUUUUAUUUUUUAUUUUCUUUUAUUGCUCAAAUAAUAAGGAAGACAAAACUGUUGAUAAGUUGGAUGAUACUAUGAUUCAGGUAAGUGUGCAUAGCAUGGCUAUCAAGUAUGCCGGGAAGUUUAUGGAUUCCUUCCUCAAAGUUUUUGAUUUCCUGCAGACCCAAUUUCUGUUGCACAAUGAGCUCAUAGUUCAACUGGUGAAAGAGCUUCAAAAGGCGACAAGAACAAUCCAGACUCUUUGCGCUGAAGCUAAGGGAUUAAAACAAACUACUAUAACCUGCAAAAUUCCUGCUACAAAGAGAUCUAUGGAACGCUUCCUAUUCCGUGUCAAGGCUCUCCUCCACACUGCACCAAAUGGAAGCACUUUUUG